GUCAGACACUAGACAGACAGUCAGACGAUGACGAAUCAAAAAUACAUGUUAUAGUGUAAUUCUUUUGCAAUAACGUGAUAUAAAACUGUUAGCAAAUCAUUGUCGUCAUCACUGUUAUUUCUCUGGUCGUAGAAGAAUUUUAGCGAGUUCCAAGUUCAACGUUAUUAAAUUAAACAAUGGAGUUUCCUCAUAUUGGAAAGAAUUGUUCAUACAAAUCAUGCAACAAAUUGGACUUUUUGCCAUACAAAUGUGGGGCUUGUAAAGAUGUGUUCUGUUCUGACCACUUUGCAUAUGCAAAGCAUGAAUGUCCUGAGCCCAACACUCGUGAUGUCCAAGUUCCUGACUGUCCCCUUUGUGGGAAACCAGUACCAGGCAGACGGGGAGAACCCCCAGAUGUGGCUGUGGGGGCCCAUAUUGAUAACCAAUGUACCUCAGACCCAGCUAAGGAGAGGCGGAAAAAAGUAUUUACAAACCGGUGUGCAUUCAAGGGCUGUAAGACAAAAGAGAUGGUGCCACUUGUGUGUAGCGAGUGUACAUUAAACUUCUGUUUGCGACAUCGACACAGUACGGACCACGCAUGUGAAGGCAGACUGGCUGCCAAGAGAAGACAAGCAGCUGAAGCGGCAAUGGCUCGUAUGAAAGCAGCGGAGAAUCGUGUAAAUGUGAACAGAACUCCAAUAGCUGCACCAGUUAGUUCAUUCUCAGAAGUACAAGGAAACAUGACUGAAGACGAGGCGCUAGCACAUGCUUUAGCGCUCUCCUUACAAGAAGAGAAUGGCAGCCUACAUUCCCGAGACAACGCCUUUGCUCGCGCCUUAACGCGGACGCGAGUAGGCGGCGAACAGAACUCCAGGUGUUCCGUAUCUUAGCAACGUACAAAUAACACUUUAAAAAUAAACACGCACUAGACAAACAAGAGGCUUUAAAAUUAA